AUGGCAUCCGCUGAAAAACCAACGGCCGAACAGCCAACGGCCGAACCGCCAACGGCCGCAACCGUGUCGUUGCGCAAAUUCAUAGCCGCCAGCGAUCGUGUGAGCAUUUUUGAAGCUAAGAUUAAUACUCCAGGUCAAACUUCCCCGUCCCUACAUCUGCUACAAGUCCGCCUGCAACAAGUGAGAGCCUUAUGGGACAAGGUAGAGACGGAGUACGACAUGUGCUCCGAUCUAAUUGCCCAAGAAGGAUCCCUCGAAAUGGUGUCCGUGCUGCAGAGCAAAUAUGACUAUUGCUAUUCGGUGUAUGAGUCAUGUUCUGCAGAGAUCAGCGCGACAAUUGACAGUGCCACGCCUCAAGCCGUGCAACCACCCUCCCAGCCAAUCAUUUCCUCCGGUUGCCGCUUACCUCCCUGCGAUACAGAAGUCUUCGACGGGGACUACCUUCGAUGGCCCACUUUCCGGGACCUAUUCACGGCAGUCUAUGUCAACAACCCCAGGCUGACACCGGUCGAGAAGCUCUUCCAUCUUCUCACGAAGACGAGCGGCGAGGCGAAAGCCAUCGUCUCCAAAUCCCCGCUCACAAAUGACGGGUUCGCCUCUGCGUGGGAAGCGCUUCAAGACCGUUUCCAAAACAAACGACUUCUAGUCAACAGCCAACUCAAGCUUCUGUUCAACUUGAGUUCCAUCUCCCAAGAAUCUGGUCAUGCGCUGAAAGAGCUGCAGUCCACGAUUCAGGGGUGCUUGACAGCGCUAGCACAUUCCCAAAUAUCCACGGACAACUGGGAUUGUCUGCUGGUGUUCCUGUGCGCAAGCAAGCUGCCGAAAGUUACCCUUUCGCUAUGGGAACAGUCCCUAACGUCGAAAUCCGACAUUCCGGCUUGGGAAGAGAUGAACACCUUCCUAAGCGAGAGAUAUCGCACAUUAGAGGCCAUCGAGGACAUGAAGCCGACUCAAGCAGUCCCGAAAAAGCUUCAGUCCUUCGAAACGAAAGUCAGCACCAAGCCAAAAGGGUGUGACUUAUGCUCCAAGGAGAAUCAUCCAGUACGCUUAUGCCCGCGCUUUCUCCAAAUGUCCGUCGACGCGCGUUCCGGCUACAUAAAAAAGAAGCAGCUCUGUCUCAAUUGUUUUGCGAGAGGCCACCAGCUACGUGACUGCACGAGCACGCACAGCUGUUUCACUUGUAAAGGGAGACAUCAUACUCUGCUACAUCGUAAUGCAACUCCUGCAAAUUCAAGAUCCUCCACGCCCUCUGCUCAGCUAUCUUCAGGACCCUCCACCAGUAAUGCAUCGACGAGUAAUCCUACGGUGCAGAAUUACUUCGCCUCUGGCACUACAGCCGUUCUUCUGAGCACGGCAAUUAUCGAUGUGUGCCAUCUAGGCACGAACUACCGAGCACGAGCCUUAAUCGACUCGGGGUCCGAGGCGACUUUCAUUUCCGAACGCCUCUUCAAUUUGAUCAAGCUGCCAUUCCGCAGCAUCCAAACUCAAGUCUCCGGGCUGAACCAAUCCGUUUCGGCGAAGUCUACCAGACUCUGCCAUUUUCAAGUGCGAUCUCCUACUAAGCCGGGUCUCCAGUUAGACACCGCAGCCUAUGUCCUUCCGGCAUUGGCGGGCAAAUUGCCCUCAUAUCCAAUAGCUCGGGAUUCUUUGAAAGACCUGCCCGCUCUCCAAUGGGCAAACCCCAAAUUCUACGAGAGUUCGCAAAUUGAUGUUCUGAUUGGGGCUGACAUUUUACCUUCGGUCAUGCUAAGUGGCACGCGAGGAAACAUUUGCGGCUCUCUACUAGGCCAAGAGACCAUUUUCGGAUGGGUGCUUACGGGGCCGAUCUCCCAGGUGAACUCAAACAGAGUCGCAUCCUUCACGACUCAAGUGCACCAAGUAGGUGACGAGGCACUGGACACGCUUCUCAGCAAGUUCUGGGAGGUGGAAGAUCUACCAGUCCAGAUGGUAAAGGAGUCGGAUUCCUAUUGCGAGAGGAACUUUCUCCGAACGACGAAGAAAGACGCAAGCGGGAGGUACGUGGUGACGCUCCCGUUCUGCGACCCCGUAAAUUCUGGAUCCAAUCUAGGGUAUUCGAGGUCCAUCGCGUUAGCUCAGUUUCUCCGAAACGAAAAUCGGUUAAAAAGAGACUUUCCCCUAAAAGAGCAAUAUGACAGCGUGAUUCAGGAAUAUCUGGAUCUGGGUCAUAUGAAAGAAGUUCCGUCGACUCACAAUUCUCCUACCUACUAUCUUCCACAUCAUGCGGUGAUCAAGCCCGAAAGCACCACUACAAAGCUUCGCGUUGUAUUUAACGCUUCAAGCCCUUCAGCAAAUGGAACCAGUUUAAAUGAUAUUCUUCAUGCUGGUCCAGUCCUGCAAUCCGAUCUGACUAUUCAGAUCCUGAAGUGGCGAUGCUUCCAAUAUGUCUUCAGUGCGGACAUUACUAAAAUGUACCGUCAGAUUUGGGUCGAUUCCAAGCACACACCCUUUCAAAGAAUUCUGUUCCGAAAUAAGGAAGGAGAUAUCCGAGACUUCGAGUUACAGACAGUUACUUUCGGGGUCAACUGCGCGCCCUUCUUGGCUAUCCGAGUGCUGCAGCAGCUAGCAAAGGACGUCCAAGGGCCAUUUCCACAGGCCAGCCGCCUUAUUCAGCAUCACAUGUAUGUCGAUGACGUGCUGGCCGGCGCAAAUUCCGUAAAAGACGCCUUAGAUUCGGUCCAAGAAUUGCGAGCAGCUCUGAGUUCCGCUGGAUUUCCAUUAAGAAAAUGGACUUCUAACAAUAAGAGCAUACUAAGCAAUAUUCCAGCUGAGCACCUUCUCCAUAGCGAGUUCCUCGAUAUCGAUGCCGAAAGCACGGCCAAGACGCUUGGUAUCCGAUGGAGGGCAAAGUCCGACGAGUUCUAUUUCGUCCCUCCAGAACUAAUAGUGGAACCCUCCUACACCAAGCGGGAAGUUUUAUCCCAAAUCGCUAAGUUGUUCGAUCCUGCCGGAUGGCUGGCUCCGUUCAUCAUCCGUUCCAAAAUGUUUAUGCAGGAGAUUUGGUUGCAAGACUUAGGCUGGGAUGACAAGCUUCCCACGCACAUGAGUCAGAGAUGGCAGUCGUUUCUCAGAGAAUAUUCCGACCUCAACAAGAUCCGCGUUCCAAGGUGGGUUGGGUACCAGCCAGAGGUCAUCGUAGAGCAUCACGGCUUCUGUGACGCGUCGCAGAAAGCCUAUGGAGCUGCUAUCUACGUCCGCGUCGAGAUGGGUCACCAGAUCUUGACUCGUCUGCUGACAGCCAAGACACGAGUGGCUCCGGUGAAAACCGUGUCCCUCCCCCGGCUAGAGCUCUGUGGAGCGGUGCUUUUAACCGAAAUGGUGACAGCAAUCCUUCCGCAUUUGCCUACCGCCAGUUCCGACCUCCGCUGCUGGACAGAUUCCACGAUCGUCCUAGCCUGGUUACGUAAGCCUGCUUGCAACUGGACUACGUUUGUGGCCAACAGAGUUGCCAAGAUCACUCAGGCAACACCAGUCGACUGUUGGGCACAUGUUCCCUCCGAGCAAAACUCCGCCGAUUUAGCCAGUCGAGGCGUACCCCUGAUCGACCUAGCGGAUAGCAAACUUUGGUGGCAAGGACCAGAGUGGCUGCAAGGGCCUCGUGAGCUAUGGCCUGCCCAAAAUGCCAUCGAUCCGACCGAAUUAGAACAGCGUGCAGUCAAGGUGCAGUUCAGCAAGACCCCGUCCGAAGAAUAUCUUGAGCGGUUCUCCAAACUGGACAAAGCUCUGCGGGUCUUAACGUACGUUCUGCGAUUCCUUAAACGCUGCCGCAAGAGCUCGAUCUCGCCCACUCCACGACCCACAAGUGAUGAAAUCCGGGAGGCAGAAAGAGUUUUAAUCUCCAUUGCGCAGCGCAGAGCAUAUGGCCAAGAGCAGAAGCAGCUGGCCGAGAAAAGGUCCCUUCUAGCGUCAAGUCCGAUUGCGAACUUGUUUCCGUUUAUCGACCAACACGGCCUCCUAAGAGCAUGCGGUCGCCUUACUGCUGCCAAAGGGUUGCAGUAUGACGAACGCCAUCCAAUAAUACUUCCCUAUGACUGUAGACUGUCUCGCCUUCUCAUCCAAUUUGCUCACCAGAUUACUCUUCAUGGCGGUAGUCAAUUAAUUGUACGCCUGAUCCGAUCGAAGUAUUGGAUUCCUAAAAUCAAGAAUCUGGUGAAGGCUGUGGUGAAUCCGUGUAAAAUUUGCACGAUUUACAAGAAGCGACUUCAAACACAGCUGAUGGGCGAUUUUCCGACAGACAGAGUUUCCUUCUCGAGGGCUUUCACGUACACGGGCGUUGAUUACGCCGGCCCUUUCGAGAUCAAAAACUAUACAGGGAGAGCGUGUCUCAUAACAAAGGGUUAUGUUUGUGUGUUUGUGUGUUUUUCUACGAAGGCUAUCCAUUUGGAACCUACUUCCGAUCUGACAACCGAGAAGUUCCUAGCGGCCUUUGCUCGUUUCGUAGCGAGGCGCGGUUGUCCUCAGCGGGUCCAUUCGGAUAAUGGCAAGACCUUUGUGGGGGCAGCAACUCUGCUUUCUCGAGACUUCCUACAAGCCGUCAAGGAGUCGGUGACUGAUGCAUACAGCCAUCAGGGGCUCGUAUGGCGAUUUAUUCCACCAGGGGCUCCACAUAUGGGGGGUCUAUGGGAAGCGGGCGUCAAGAGUUUUAAGACUCUGUUUUACAAAGCUUCCGCGACCCGCAAGUACACUUUCGAGGAACUUGCGACGCUCCUCGCAAAGAUUGAGGCUUGCCUCAACUCAAGACCCCUCUCCCCGAUGUCCGAAGAUCCCUCAGACUUGCUGGCCCUCACUCCGGGCCAUUUUCUUGUUGGAGGACCGUUGCUCUCCACGGCGGAGCCCGAGAUAAAGGGCGAAGCCAAAUCGAUACUCAAUCGAUGGCAACAUUUAAAGGCCCAACAUCAGCAGUUCAGUGUUCGGUGGAAAGAGGAGUAUCUAAAGGAACUCCACAAACGCUACAAAUGGCAAUAUCCGACCCGAAACCUCCAAAUCGGCGACAUGGUAGUCGUCAAGGAGGACAAUCUUCCAUCCGACGAAUGGCGGCUCGGCAGAAUCAGUUCUGUCUUCCCAGGAGCCGAUGACCUCAUCCGAGUUGUGGAGAUCCGCACAGCUCGUGGGACUAUUAAGCGCCCAGUCCAUAAGGUCAUACUUCUUCCUGCGGAGGAUCAAGUAUCCUCCGUUCCCAGGGACUAG